UGUCAUUCCGAGGCGACGGGCCCAGGCUGGCGGGCCCCCAGGUCCUGGGGGGCACACUCUCCUGUAGCAGUCGACCACUGCGGGGCCGUGGGCCUUGGGGCAGGACCCCUCGCGUGCUUGGGAAGGGAGCUGAGUUUCCCUAGGGGCUCUGUUUUUUGUGACCACAAUGAGAAAUUUAGACAGUGAUGAUCAGUUAACUGACAAGCUUCACAAGCCCAAGAGAUCGAAAGAAUGGUUUGAACCACAGCCACUUUCUUUUAUGGAGGCAUUAGCUGAAGAAGAUACUGAGGCAGCUAUUCAAUCAAUAUUAUAUAGAGAAAAUUAUGUGAUUAAGGAACUAGAUAAGUCUUUACAACAUCAUGACUUCUUAAAGGCAAGGAGAAAAGAGAUGCUACAUAAAAGAUGGGUUGACCAUGUCGCACAUCCUCUUCAGAAGAAAAUUAUAGAAAAAGUUGGUUCAUAUAAGAAGAUUAAAAAAAGGAGACAAGAAGAAUUAGAUGGUUUUUUAAAAUAUGUAAAUAAAAAGGGAAAUGUAUUUAUAGAACAUUAUGAUCCCAAAGAAUAUGAUCCUUUUUAUAUGAGCAAAGAGGACCCGAAUUUUCUGAAGGUUACCAUUCCACCAUUUCGUGAUCCUUUGAAAAAGGCACAAUAUGACAAAGAUGAUGAAAAAAGAACUCUUCUUCAGUGUGAGACUGGCAAAAUAUAUACAAUGAAAGAAUUUAAAGAGAUUGAAAAGGCCAAACUGCAUUCCAGAUUCCCAAGAAUUUCUAAUUCAAGGCACUUUAUGACUCCAAAUGAGUGGCUUAAGCUGCCUACAACUUACAUAGAAAGUGAAUUUUGUAAAAGGAGCAGGUUAAAAGUGAAAAUGAAUUUUAACGAUUGUAGCUUUGAUAUGAAACCCUUGACAAGAGUUCCUCAUCCUGUGGAGGCUCAGCAAGAAGAAAAAGCAGUUAUUUCCAAAAAUAAAGGAUCAUCCUUUCUGGAAAAAGAAUCUCCAUCUUUUCAUGAGAGAAGAAAUCCAAGUCUCAAAGAGGCCAACUCUGUAGGCCACUUCCUUGACCCUCAGCAGGAAGGGGACCAGGACACCGUGAGGGCUGGGAGAGUCCUUUUUGCCAUGCACAAGACUUUACUGAUGAUGAAGCCUGGGGCCAUGCCGUGGGUGACGGGAAAGCUCUGACAUCCUUAGAAGGAAGCAGGAGUUGGAGAUCACAAGUCGGCAGAGAGGCAGGCGAAGAGAGGCGGGGAAGCAGGCUCCUCGCUGAGCAGAGAACCCGAUGCAGGACUCGAUCCCAGGACCCUGGGAUCAUGACCUGAGCCGAAGACAGAGGCUUUAACCCACUGAGCCACCCAGGCGCCCAGUGUGCAUGGUUUUAAAUGACUGUAAAAUCAGUAUGAGUGGACUGUGGGAGCAGACUUCUAAGAAAACAUCUGGACUCUCAGGCUGUAUGAAGGGAGGUGGUACUUGGAGUGGGAAGCAUCAAAGUCCCCCCUUGCUCUCCUGUCACUCCGGAUUCACACUAUAGAGGGGACCAUCACCAGUUGCGGAACCUUUAGAAGAGGGUGGAGGCUUGAUGACACUUCAAGGGAGGCAAAGUGGGAAGGGGUACGGGGUAACUGAGCCCGAGGAAGAGAGGACAGGAGAGGGAAUGAGACCUUUAAAUAUUUAAAAGGCUGGCAUGUGGGUGAUGGGUAGAUGAAUUUUGCGUUGCUCCCGCUAGAGAACUAGUAUCUGCCCGGGUCAGUGACAAGGCGGAUUUCAGCUCAGUCUGAGGACAAACCGGUGGUUAGAAGGACCAAAGUGCUUUCCUGAUGGAGCAGGGAGUUCUCAGGCUAAGGCUAGUUGAGGACGUCAGACUAAAGCUUGAUGAUUACUUCUCUCAGAAGGUGGUCGGCUGUCAGUGCCGUCUAAAUUACUUCUCAGGUUCCUUCUUACCCUUUGAAUCUAUAAGUAUAUAUGAAAGUAGAAUAAAGCAUUUUGCAUUUUUGAAUCUUGCAAAA